UAUUGAAUUAAUCUAAUUUAAUUAGCUCCGAGGAUCGAGAAGCAAAACGUGACAAGUAAAAGUGGACGGAGGGAGUACAUGUUUCUUACUCGAUUCACCUGUUUCCAUUGACUUAGAUUUGGAUUCAGCUCUUUAACAAGACUGAGAGAGAGUUUGAUCGGUUUGCUAUGUAACUUUGAAAGUUGAAGUAUUGAUCAUAUGUUCCAGAGCCAGCAAUGAUUAUGUUAUCCUUAUAUCACCUCACAACUACUUUUUUCCUCCUAAUCUUGGUCACUAUUCCAUCAUCUAACAGCUUUUUGUUUGAAGGGGAGAGUAUAAACUGUGAAGGUACUUACAACUGUGGAAGUAUACAUGGUGUUAAGUAUCCUUUCUGGGGAGGUGGUGUGAGAUCAAGAUUAUGUGGCCGAGACGAUUACUUACUUGAGUGCAAAAAUAAUGUGUCGUCCACUUUGCCUGGUCCUUACUUCUUUAGAAAACACACAAAUGGCUAUCAACCUUCAAAAUUUCGUAUACUGACUAUUAAUGAAUCCUCAACUCGAAUGAGGAUUGUGCACGAUAAACUUUGGCAUAAUGUUUGUCCAAAAUCUCCUUCCUUUUUCAAUCUCUACGGGUACAAUACCACCUUAAUCAAUGGUCUUAGGUACGUCCCAAGAACUACAUUUAUUAACAUAUACUACGGCUGCAAUCCUGAGGUCCUUUCACACGUACAGCUGCCUAGUAAUAUUAAUUGUUCUGUAAGAGGAACAACCAGCACUGGUGUUUUCUUUGCCGAUGAAAUUGUUGGAAAUUACGUUCGAGGAUGUUCUUUCAGCAUAGUGGUUCCUCUUGUUUCUACUGCUUAUCAGCAACUCUGGGACACAACUCUAAGGCUGCAGGAAGCUGUGAAUGAGGGGUUUGAAGUGGAUUACAGUGAUGCCUCAGGUGGCUGUUUGGCAUGUCAGGAUUCAGGAGGUACAUGUGAAUUUGAUCAAGCGUUUCGUUGUCGUUGUGGAGACACAGUUCUUCCUUUUACCUGCCCAACAAAUGGUAAGCCAGCUUUGAUGCAACCAAACACUAAUUUUGCAAGAAAGAUUCAUUUACUCAAGUUGGCAACAGGAGUAUCAGUUGCUGGAAUUGGGAUGUUAAUGUGCUUUGGAAUCUGGUACACACAGUAUAGAAAAUCAUUCUACAAGUGCAUAAGAUUAAUUAACGGCAAAACCAAAGAUCAGAGUCUAGAGGGCUUACUUAAGCAAUAUGGAUCUCUGGCACCAAAGAGAUACAGCUAUUGGGAAAUCAAGAAAAUGACAUCUGGAUUCAAAGAUAAGCUUGGUGAAGGAGGUUAUGGAGGGGUCUACAAAGGUGAACUUUUUGAUGGCCGCGUGGUUGCAGUGAAGAUUCUAAAAGCAUCUAAAGGUGAUGGAGAAGAAUUUAUCAAUGAAGUUGCAAGCAUCACCCAAACUUCUCAUGUGAAUGUCGUAUCUCUUUUAGGAUAUUGUCUUGAUGGGAGAAAAAGAGCUCUUAUUUAUGACUUCAUGCCAAAUGGAUCCUUGGAGAAAUACAUAUAUGGUGAUGGUUCUCUCUUGGGGCUGCAGAAGUUGUAUCAAAUUGCAGUUGGAAUUGCUAAAGGAUUGGAGUAUCUUCACCGCGGAUGCAACACAAGAAUUUUGCAUUUUGACAUAAAGCCUCAUAACAUACUCCUUGAUGAGGAAUUCUGUCCUAAGAUAUCAGAUUUUGGUUUGGCAAAACUAUGCACCAGGAAAGAAAGCGUUAUAUCCAUGUUAGGAGCACGAGGGACGAUUGGUUAUAUUGCUCCUGAAGUAAUCAGCAGGAGUUUUGGAGGAGUCUCACACAAGUCUGAUGUCUAUAGUUAUGGAAUGAUGGUUCUAGAAAUGGUUGGAGGAAGAAAAAAUGUCAAUGAAAAAGUGAGCCAUGCAAGUGAGAUAUAUUUUCCUUACUGGGCAUAUCAGCACGUUCAGCUAGAUGAUGACCUGAAGCUGCGUGGGAUUAUAAAUAAAGAAGAAGAAGUAACUGCAAGGAAGAUGAUAUUAGUAGGUCUGUGGUGCAUCCAAACCGAUCCAGCACAAAGGCCAUCAAUGAGCAAGGUUAUUGACAUGUUAGAAGGGAGCCUGAUCUUAGAAAUCCCGCCAAAACCUUUAUUAUGUACUCCUUAUUGUUCAGGAAGACAUUCUUUGACCACACAGGGAUUGCCGCUGAAAGCCUCCUUAAUUUCUCCAUCCAGUUCAUCACUUUGUUCUCCUGAAGCAUCAGCUAUUUCAUAGGCAUAUAUGUAUUUUCACGGCUGCAUGCCUAAGACGAAACUUUCCAAAAGGGUCGUAAUGAACUUCAAUUUGUGUCUGUAAUAGUCAGUUUGAUUGAAAUAUCUCGGUUUAUGAUUUAUGAAGAUAGUCAUUAAUCCUCUUCAGAAUUUGAACCGCUUCUCCAUCAAGAGAAGAAACAUUUCUAAUUAUAUGUAAUGUGGAUAGUUUCAUUAGAAUAAUUUAGAACAGGCUCUCAAACUGCCACAGAAGUACAAAACCAGCUUGUAUGGAUAGUGAGAUGAAUGAGCUGCUCUACUUCUUCAGAUUUACGCCUCAUCACCCCCUCCCCCAACCAAAAAGAAAAUAAAAGGUUAUUAUUUGGAUGUACUCUUGAUGAAAGAGCAUUGUGCUGAAAGCAGCUCUUGAGUAAAAGAAAACUACAGCUAGAUCAAUAGCAAGGAUCGAGCACGCAGAAUCUGGAUUCUAAAAAGUAAAAGCUCUCUGUCUUGCUUAAGAUUACUGAACUUUUAUUUUACAUUCCAAACCAGUCAGUAGGUAUACUACACUAUACAGAUAAUGUACUCUUAUUCCUUUGUAAAACUAAUCCUACUAUUCUACUGCCUAAUAAACAUGUACUGCUAUAAAAAUUAAUCAGUAAACUUAAGAAGAUCAAAGGGAAGAAAGAAUACUUGAGGAGAUCAAAUUGAAUUAGAAUAGUCAAAUAAACGAGCUGCACUGACAUAUAUGCAUUCUCUUUUACA